UUCCUCUUCCUCCCAUCAUCUCUACCCUGUUCUUCCCUGGAGGGCUCUCUUCAGGCCUCCUGGGAGGAGGGAUGCUGUGGGAUGUGAGAGCCCUAGUCCUGCUGCAUCUGCUGCUGGUCACCAGAGCCUCUCUUUCUACAGCAGGGACUCACAUACCCAGGAAAGAAGUUCAAAUCGUAUGGGCCAAAGAGGGGGUCCCCGUUCAGCUCCCCUGCACCCUCUCGAACAACUUCUCGGCGGGGUAUAGCUUUCUUCAGAAGGUGACUGUCACCUGGUGGCACCGGCACCAAAACAGGACCCCCCAAGCCAGCUGGUACAGAGUGUUCAGUGUGGGGCCAGCCGGUUUGCGGAGCGUUAGUCCUCCCUUCCAUCCCAGGGUGCAACUGGGGGAGUUCAGCCUCCACAGGGGAGAUUUCUCGCUGUGGCUCCGCCCAGCCAGCCUCACUGAUGCUGGGGAGUACAGAGCUCAGGUCCACUACGAGACUGGUGAAUUGAGAUGUCACCUCCUCCUCCGCGUUGGCCGGGCCUCGGUGACUGCCAGCCCUCCGGGGCCCCUCGUGACCUCGAGCAUGGUCCUUCUGAAGUGCUCUUUCAACCGUUCCGACCUCCCAGGAGACGUGCUCUGGUCCCGGGGCGGGAUACCCCUAAUCCCAUCUUCCCGGCAUUUCCCAUUUGAGGGUCUCCUCUUCUUGUCCAACAUCACCGUCUCAGAUUCGGGGCCCUGGGAUUGCUGCAUCAUCUACCCGGACGGAUUCAACAUCUCCGUUACCCAUCAGCUCAAUGUCCUGGGUCUGGAGCCCCUCGAGCACAAGACGGUGUAUGUGGGAGAAGGAUCAAAGGUGGAGCUUCCCUGCCAUCUCAGCCCUGGCCCAGGAACUCUGCCAGGGCUCGUGGCUCAGUGGACCUUACCUCGGGGCAGAGGCAGCAGCCUUGUGUCCGGGGAUGACAGAAACAGCUUUGCCCUGAAGCUGGACCAUGUGAGCAGAGCCCAGGCAGGCCUCUAUCGCUGCGACGUCAGUUUUCAAGGGCAUCAGCUCAGUGCCGUGAUCACGUUAGCUGUCAUUACAGUGACUGCUAAAUCCUUUGGAUCCUCAAGUUCCCAAAAGGGCCUGCUUUGUGAGGUGACUCCAAUGUUCAAGCAGGAGCAUUUUCUGUGGACCACCUUGGAUAAUCAGACUCUGGAAAACCCACCAGGGCCCUGGUUAGAGAUAGGAGACGAGGAGCAACACGUCAACCAGUGGCAGUGCCAAGUGUAUCAAGGGGCACAACAAUGUGGAGCUGUAGUUUACAACUUGGGGCUUCAGGAAACAGGUGCCCAGCUCUCUGAGAGGACCCCAAAAGCUGUGAAGGGAGGGAAACAGCUUUCUCUACUUCUCAGCCUUGGCAUUUUACUGCUUCUCCUCUUUGGGGCAGGAGCUGUGUUUCUUCUACGACAAAGGAAGCUGCCUAGGAGAUUCUCUGCCCUGGAAGAUGCAGUUCAAAAGUUCCAGAGACAAAACAUAGCAGAGCAAAUGGAGUCAGAGAGCUACUGCCAGACUUAGAGCCUGGAACAUUGGCAGGAAUGGUUCUGACAUAAAGAUGGAGCAGUCCUCCAAGAAGCAGCUCAUUCUUCAGAGUCUUGCCUGCCACAGCAAAUAAACUCUUCCUCAGCAGA